UAAUUGAAAUGGCGACCUCGCGAUAAAUCAGUAGUUAUUAUAGUCGAUAUUUCGGUUCGGUUCAUAUUAAACCUGAUUAAACCACAGAGAUUGUAUCACAAACUCCUAUCGAAUGACCGAUCUAUUCUAUACCUUGUUUGUGUUAACUGUAGAGUGCCGAAUAAGAAGUUUCAUCCUCUUGUUUAUCCUUUAAGUGGACUGCACAAACAUGUAAAUGUUCAAUGUAAAUAUUUGACAAGUGAAUAUUGAGGAAAACAAAUAUGUUACCGAAAACGGAUGUUAGCUUACCGGGUAGAUUAUUAUACCUCUGUUAUAACGAAGUUCAAAUUAUAAACAGAAUUAAUACUUUGAUUAAUAAUUUCGUACUUUCAGACGUUCCACUACCAUUUUCUUUACUUAUAAUCACAUUAUUGUCUUUGUGCUUUGCUAAUAGCUACAAUGGUGACUUUGUGUUUGAUGAUUCUGAAGCCAUUAUAAAUAAUGAAGAUGUACAAACAAAUCCUCUUAAAGAUUUAUUUAAAAAUGAUUUUUGGGGCACUAAAUUAACUUACAAGCAAAGUCAUAGAUCAUACCGACCACUUACAAUUCUUACCUUCAGAUUACAAUUCUGGCUUCGUGAAACUUUUGUAGCUCAAGAUUAUCAUAUAGUAAAUAUUAUUUUACAUACACUUGUAUGUAUAUUACUGUUGCCUGUAUUUAACAUAAUUUUGGGCUCAAAAGAGAAAAACAUUGCAGUUUAUGCUACUAUAUUAUUUGCUGUUCACCCAGUACACACAGAAGCUGUUUCAGGUAUUGUAGGUAGAGCAGAAUUGUUGUGUGCUCUAUUUAUGUGGUUGUCUAUUUUGCUAUACAAUUAUUCAAUCUAUGGAACAAGAUUACUAUGUAGAUGGUGCAGUAUGUGUGGUUGCAUCAUAUCUAUAGGAAUUUCAAUGUUAUGCAAGGAGACUGGAAUUACAGCAAUUGGUAUUUGCAGUAUAUAUGAUCUUGUAGUGGUAAACAAGGUGCUGCCUUCUGAUGUGAUCACGUUUCUGACUAUACAAUUCUCUUACACAAAAAUAAAGAAUAUUAUUAUGCAGAAACGAAAAUUAUUGAUCAGGCUUUUUAUACUUUUUCUAUCUGGUUUAAUACUCGUAAUUUCAAGAUUCAGUGUUAUGGGAUUUAAACCUCCUACUUUUCAGCCUGUUGAUAAUCCAGCAUCAUUUUUAGAUAAUAUAUUUUUGCGAAUGAUGAAUUAUAGUUAUAUUUACUGUUUAAAUGCAUGGCUUCUGAUAUGUCCACAAUGGUUAUGCUUCGACUGGUCUAUGGGUUGUGUACCUUUAAUUACUACAUAUGAUAUAAGAAUACUUUAUGUUCUUAUUUUUUGGCUGAUUAUUGGCCUACUGUUCACUUAUGCAUUCAACCCACAUGAAGAUAAAUCUGUAAGAUAUACAAUUAUGGGACUGGCGAUACUAGUCAUUCCAUUUCUCCCAGCUAGUAAUAUCUUUUUUAAUGUUGGAUUUGUGUUAGCAGAGAGAACCUUAUACAUUCCUUCUGCUGGUUAUUGUCUCUUAUUCGUUAUAGGAUUACAUAAACUUUGUAAUCGUAUUUCUAUGCAAUAUGCAUUAUUAGCAUACACAAUUUUAAUUUCAUUAUUUUUCACGAGAUCGUGGAUGAGAAGUGAUCAAUGGAAAACUGAAACAUCGCUUUUCAGAUCAGCGUUACUUGUUUGUCCGUUAAACGCGAAAGUUCAUUAUAAUAUUGCUAAAAAUGCUGCUGAUGCUGGAAAUUCGACCUUGGCACAGUACGCAUACGAAGAAGCUUUAAGAUUAAAUCCUAAGUACGCUCAAGCUAUGAACAACCUUGGCAACUUGCUCAAGGAUCAAGAAAAAUAUUUAGAAGCAGAAAGUUUAUUUAAACGGGCUAUAGAGCUGCAGGAAGACUUUGCCACAGCAUGGAUGAAUUUAGGUAUUGUCCUAUCGGCACUAAAGAAGUACAAAGAAUCUGAAAAGAGUUACUUAACGGCUCUUUCUCAUAGAACCAAAUACCCUGAUUGCUUAUACAAUUUGGGCGUAUUGUAUUUGGAACAAAGAAAUUACGAUAAAGCUUUAAAAGCUUGGGAAGCGGCUACUAGACAGAGAAGAACUCACAGAAGAGCAUGGACGAACAUGAUAUUACUUCUUGAUGAUUUAGGUAUGCGUGAAGAUGCACUUAAAACAGCGACUCAAGCUUUACAGUUCCUACCAGAUAAUGCCUCUAUUCACUUUAAUAUUGCAAAUAUAUUAGGCAAAGCUGGAAAUUUUGUAGCAGCGGAAAUGCACUUCAAAAUUGCAAUAUCGAAAAAUCCAACAGAUUCUAUGUUUUUUACAAACUUGGGCGUACUUUACCAUCGAUGGAAUAAAUUGAAUGAAGCCGAAUAUAUGUACAAGAAAGCAUUGGAAAUUAAACCAGAACUUCAUAGUGCAAGGGAUAAUUUAAAGAAAUUGUAUUCUCUGAAGUCAUCAAUAAAAUAAUUUAAUUUUUAGAAUAAUAGAAU